AUGGCCGGCGCCCCCCCGACGGCCGCCGAGCAGGACGCCCUCGUCUCCUCCUUCCUCGAGAUCGCCGCCGGCCAGACGCCCCACACCGCCACCCAGUUCCUCCAGAUGACGAGCUGGCAUCUGGAGGAGGCGCUGCAGCUCUUCUACAUCGACGGGGAGGCCGCCCUGGCCGCGCACCCCGCCGCCGCGGCCGCGUCGGCCGAGGCGGCCGCGCUGGCGGCCGCCGCCGCCGCCGCCGAGGUCGAGGAGGGGUUCAGAUUCCAUCCUCCCCCGGCGGCCGCGCUGGAAGACGGGAUGCUGCAGGGGCUGGGGGACGAGGACGACGUCCGCGCGCCGCUGCCCGUCAGGCGGGAGACCCUCUACGGCGACGCCCCCAUGGUCGUCACUCGGCCUAAUGCGAUGGUUGCAUUUCGAAACUUUGAAGAGGAGGCAAGACAGUCAGCUUGGGAUUCUGAGCAGAAUGCCACAUCUAGUUCGCGUGAUAAUCUGGCUUCUUUAUAUCGCCCACCUUUUGAGUUAAUGUUCAAUGGACCAUUUGACAAGGCGAAGUUAGAGGCCUCCUGUCUAGACAAGUGGCUGUUGAUCAAUUUGCAGUCAACAGAGGAGUUCAGCUCUCAUAUGCUUAAUCGAGACACUUGGGCAAAUGAAGCGGUGGCCCAGACAAUCCGGUCAAACUUUAUUUUCUGGCAGGUUUAUCAAGACACCAGUGAGGGGAGGAAAGUAUGCACCUACUACAAGUUGGACUCUGUUCCUGCCAUUCUCCUAAUUGAUCCCAUCACUGGACAAAAAAUGCGUGGUUGGAAUGGAAUGGUUUACCCGGACAGUUUGCUGGAGGAUUUGAUGUCUUACCUGGAGAAAGGUCCAAAGGAGUACCAUGCUGUGCAACCUCAAAAACGCCCAAGAAAAAUUGAUCAGGAAACUUCUGUGAGCAGAGAAGGUAAAACAGGUGCAGAGGAUGAAGAUGAAGAGCUCGCAAGGGCGGUGGCGGCUUCCUUGGAGGAGAACAAAGGAGCCGGGGGAUCAGACGCCGUUGAGGACAAGCCUAAUCACGAGGAAGAGAACGAACCCAGCUUGAGCGUCAAGCUUGAGUACCCUCCUCUCCCCGAAGAGCCAAAAGGAAGCAGGGACCUUCUCUGCAGGGUCGCGAUCCGGCUCCCCGAUGGCCGGAGGAUCCAGCGGAAUUUUCUCCAUACAGAUUCAAUCAAGCUCCUAUGGUCAUUCUGCUCCUCCCAAGUGGAGGACGGCGAGAAGCGGGCCUUCCACUUCGCGCAGCCCAUCCCCGGCUCGUCCAACAAUAACCUGGAGUACGGGAGCGAGCAGACCUUCAGAGAGGCCGGGCUGGCCAACUCGAUGAUCAACCUGUUGUUGGACUAGGCCCACCCCAUCAUCUUAUGCUCGCUACCUGCAAAAUGGCUGUAUUCCUUCAUGUGCUUCAGGUUUAGUUUCUUUUUGCGAGGAUUUGAUUUAUCGCUGCCUCUUUUCCCUUUUUCUUUUCUUCCCCCUGGUGGUUUGCUUGGCCAAAGGACAGAUCUAUGGCUCGAGCUCAAGUGUGAAAAAUGCUGUAGGUCGGUCGGUCCUGUUUUGUUUAUAGACUUGUUGUAGGAGUUAGUUCUAUUUAAUGCACAUAUCAUCUGCAGUCCGGUACUGAGUACUAGUGAGUGGUACUGAUACAUCUCGUGCUUUCCUUUUGGUCUUGUCAAAUGCUGAAACGUAGUACUUUCCCAUGUGC